AGGAAGAAGCUUCAGAAUUCUUCCGCUUUGAAGAUUGUUGAAGUGUAGAUUCAGUUGCUAGUUUAAGUAGGCGACAUUUAUCCUAACUGAAGCAUAAUUUAUGCCUUCCUGGAAUGUUUAAGAAGUUUUAAGAUGGAUGCAACAUUUCCAAAAGAAGAGGAGGAUAAAGGAUUAGAUCAGGAGUUGCCUGUGCAGAUAAAUGAGAAUGCAAAAGUAACAGGAGAUUUUCACCAGGAAUUAUUAGUGCCAAUAGAAGAGGAAGAAAAUGUCACAACCGUGACAGAUAAUAGGCUGGAGUUACCAGAACAGAUGGAAGAAGAUGAGACUAAAAGAUUAAGUCAAGAAAACCACCUGGAGGUAGAGAUGAAAGAAGGGGGGCAUGAAAGAAAAAUUGGGGAAAGUGAUCAAGUGUUACCAGGGCAGCUAAAAGGGAAGGAAGAGCCGAGAUUACUCGUGAACAAUGAACGACUUAUGUUAAAACAAAAGGAGAAAGAUGGAACAUUGAGAGAAACUGAGCAGGAAUUAUCAGUGGUGGAAAAAGAAGAAGAGGAGGAGGAGAUGGAGGUUUCUUUGGCAAAACCAGAGGCAAAUCCCAUUAUGACCCUUAACAAGGCCACACCCCCAUAUUCAGAGACCCGUCCUGAAAAAACAAGAGAUGAGCAGACGCCAGUAUCCUUGGUUGCAAUGACCGUAUGUAUGGUUGAAAACAGCGAGGAUGAAGAGGAGACUGAAGAUUCAGACAGUGAUAGUUCAUCCUCUUCUUCAUCUUCUUCCUCAUCCUCCUCUUCGCCCUCCCGUCCCUUGUUCGAGGAUGAUGAUGAUGAAGGCUUCAGCCAGCCGGUCCCUGUCAAAAGUAAAGAUGAAAUCUGCUUUGAGGAGCUCCCAGCUGUGGAUGAACUGUCGGUGACCUUACCAGCAGGUGCAGAGCUACAGCCAGUGGGAACAAUCUCCAGUAUUAUACAGCAGCUGGUUAUUGUGCAGUCGAUGAAAGACACUCCUCCACUGAAUGAUGACAGCAUCAUCUUUAAAUCUGACCGUCUGGCGGUGGGAAAGGUGUUUGAGGUUUUUGGUCCGGUCUCCAGUCCUCUGUACAUCCUGAGAUUUAACUCGAAUGAAGAGAUCAACAGCAAAGGUCUAACUGAGGGGAUGACUGUUUAUUACGCUCCGACCAUCAAGGAGUACACAGAAUAUGUUCUCCCACAACAGCUAAAACUUAUGAAGGGGUCUGAUGCAUCUUGGAAGAAUGACCAAGAGCCACCUGAAGAGGUUUUAGAUUACAGCGAUGAUGAGAAAGAGAAGGAAGCAAAGAGGAAAGCAAAGAAUGCCAGAAAGCCUAAGGACUAUGGCAAUACAGAAAGUUCCGCCGACGGCUUUCGAAACUCCUACCAUCGGAGGAGGAAGGAUUCGCGGGGUUUCCCACCAAGACAUGCAGGGCCUCCAUUCAGUCACCAGGACCAGAAAAGCAAGCAGCCAUCAUACGGACACCCACCAGCCGGGCAACAGACUGUCCCACCCGUACACCUACCACCUCCCUGCCCAUAUCCCUUACCUCCUCCCCUUUCCCAACCCUACCACUUUCAUCCACCUGGAGGAGAAGCCCCUUCUCAUUUCGCUCCACCCAGCUUCCCUCUCUACCCUCCUGGUGUGCCUCCUCUGACUGCUCCUCCUCCGUCUUAUUUCAAUCCUGCUUUCUCCUCGCCACCAUGGCCACCAAACUUCUACGACUUCCUUCUUUCUCCACCUCCUCCCCCUCCACCACCUCCUCCUCCUCCACCCUCUCAGUAAGAAACACACAUGCUCGUCAGUUUUGGACCUACAACUAAAAGCAACGUUGUUUUUUUGUUUUUUUUGUCUUCAAUCACAUAAAACAGUGAGGCAUUUACAGCCUCAUCUUGUCCCGUUUCCAGCAGCCAUGAUGUCUUUACAACACAAGCUAAUCAAAACGUUUAUGUUGACAUGCAUUUUUAAAACAUUCCUGUAAAAAUGUGUCUGUGAUUGAGAGUAGUAGGUAUUAAAAUCUAUAAACAUACUCUGCUCAAAAGGACUUGACAGUUUUUCCUUUAUGCGCCUAAAGGAGGAUCCAGAACAUUAAAUGUUCUUUAACUGACUCAACAUUUGAAAUUAGAAAAAAUAUUGUGGUGAAAAGCUAACUGAUCUCUCUGAAGACAAAUCGUGCAUUUUGUUUGUGUACAAAGUUUUGUAGGUUGUUAGACCUGAUCAGAUGCAUCGUGUAUCGCAAAGUUGAUUUACAACUUGGUCAGUAAAUGGAUCAGGAGGGAAAAAAGGAUAAGAUUGAAUUCCUCUGUAAUACUUUUCUGCAAGUUCUGAUGAGAAAAACAUGUGAUGACUGCUUUGCAGCUUUAUUAUGACUGAAUUGACGUAAGCCAAUUUCACAGUUGGAGUUUCUCAGUUUCCAAGUCCUCUGUCAGUCAUUUUGUCCAAAAGUUGAUGGGGACUUACUUCUUCUGCUUCCUGGGUUUCAAUCAGGAAUUCUAUAAAUCUAAAAGACUGACGAUGUAAACCUUUCUGUAACAUGUUUUGGAAAAAAAAAAAAAAAGAUAAUAAUAAACAUUUACUUCUA